AUGGAAAACAAGGUUCCCACACGGCCAAGGCUGUUGGUAGACGAUGUGCCCUCACUCAUCUCGGAGGUGUAUGGCCUGAAGGUAGACGUUGUCAAGGAGAUGGACAGUUACGAUGAUCGGAUCUUUAUAGUCCAUGCACUUCCUGGGUCAUCUUUGCCACCACAGCUGUCCUCAAUUUGUUCCUCGGGCUACACAUUCAAAGUCAUUAAUGCCAUUGAUUCCUUGGAUGAAAACAUUAUAGACGCAAAGACUCGGAUAACUCUCCACGCCAGGAUGAAGGGUUUUCCAACUCCGUGCCCGGUCCUGAAUCUCGACAGAGAGUACCAGAAGCUGCUAAAUUUGCUGCUUAAUCUGUCAUUUGUUUCAGAGAACGUGACAGAAAAGUGUGUAGUGCGGCUGUUUGAGUUUAUAGCUGGCACCACCUUAGAAAAAGUCCCUCUCACACCAACGCUCUGUGAGGAGAUUGGAGAAUUUGCAGCCAGACUUGAUAUUGCUCUAGAGACGUUCUCACAUUCAGAUGAAUCUGCUUUGUUGAAGAUGGUGAAUAAAUGGAACAUGUCUGAAAUACCACGGCUGAGAGACGUGGUCCAUGUAAUAGCAGACGAGGAGCAGCGUUCAGUAGUUACAGAAGUCAUCACUUCGUUUGAACAAAACGUUCUCACGCGUCAAGAAGAAUAUACGAAAGGUUUAAUACAUGGAGACUUCAAUGAUGGCAACAUACUAGUCUCUGAGACCCCAACCUCCGCAACACUCAAUGCAGAUGUUUGUAAAAACACUCAUCUAGUUGGCAUCAUCGAUUUCGGCGACAGCACAGUAUCUCUGUACAUCUUUGAGGUUGCUAUAGCGAUAAUAUACGCGAUGCUUAACCGGAACGGUGUGCCCCCGAUGGAAGCAGGUGCGAGAAUUCUGGCUGGAUACUUGAGACACAAGACACUGAGUCAGAUGGAGAUCCGCCAUCUCAAGUUGUGCAUAUGUGCUCGCUUUGCACAAUCCUACACAAUGAGUUAUCAUGCAUUAUCUCUGAACCCUGAAAACCGUUAUGUGAUCAAUCACGCUCAGCGGAUAUGGCCUCAGCUAAGUGUUAUGUGGAGGGGAUCAGAUGAGGAAAUUCUUCAACAGCUCACUAAGUAUUGCAACAAUGGUGUAUAGUAAAAAUCCAGGAGAUAAACAGCCUUUUUAAAUUAUAAAUCUAUGUUGUUAAAUACAAUCAUGCCAACGAGAAAUUUGUCACAAAAUUAUGUCUCUCUGGAGCCAAUGUCGUAGACGUUCAUGGAUGAACAUGACAUUAGGGCAGGCAUGAAUAAUAUUUUCUUUGUAAAGAUUAAAACAACUUGAGCAUAUGAACUACAUGUAUUUUUAUCCAAAGCUAUAAGCAAAGAUAAUGAACUUACGGUACUUAUAUCUGCUCUUUUAAACUU